GGGCUGAGCGCGGCGGGAGGCGGGCCGGGCCGGGCCGGGCCGGGCGGGCGGGCGGAGGCACCAUGCAGGCGCGGCGCUUGGCCAAGCGCUCCAGCAUGGGCAGCCGGCGGCUGAGCGCGGGGCCGGCGGCCGCGCAGGCGGACGGGGUCCGGCCCCCCAAGGCCGAGAGCGCCUGGAGGCCGCCCCGGCGGGAGGGCUCCGCCGCGGCGCUGGAGGAGGAGGACGAGGACGAGGACGUGGUGGUGGGGGUGGAGGAGGAAGAGGAGGAGGAGGAGGGCGGCGGGGAGCCCCCCCCCCCGGCGCCGACCGGCCACGGCAAGGGCCCCCUCCGGGGGAGCCUGAAGCCUGUCGAGGUCUCUCUGGGUGGCAGUAUGACCGUCCGGUGUAUCAGCCACUCCUCCCUGUUUUGUGUCACCUGCAAACUUGCUGAGGAUGCACUCUGCCCCAUCGUUCAGUUCAGUAAUGAAGAUCUUGAACAGGACUGGAUCCAGGAUUGA